GUGAAGAAUAAUAGAAUACGUGGAAAUACGUGGAUUCCCAUUUUCCAAGUGAGAUCAUUCCCAUUUUCCAAGUGAGAUCAUUCCCAUUUUCCAAGUGAGAUCAUUCCCAUUCUCUGGGUGGGUGGGAAGCGAUGUUCGCGUCGCGCGGCGAUGACUUCAGACCCGGAAGUGGGCGCCAAGCACGCGUGUUCCCUGCAGCUGUGAAGCAGACAGAAGUUCGGGUUGAUGCUCCUGUUCGCCUGCAGUGGUCCGCGGAUGGAUGGAUGCUGAAGAUGAUGGGCAGGUUGUGUUUUGCUCAUAAGACUGCUCUGGCCCCUAUGGUGCGGGUGGGCACUCUGCCCAUGAGACUGCUGGCUCUGGACUAUGGAGCAGAUAUUGUGUACUGUGAGGAGCUGAUUGACAUCAAAAUGGCCCAGUGUGAGAGAGUGGUAAAUGAUGUUUUGGAGACAGUGGAUUUUGUUGCUCCAGAUGAGCGUGUGAUGUUUCGCACCUGCAGUAAAGAGAAGGGCCGCGUGGUCUUUCAGAUGGGGACGGCUGAUCCGGAGAGAGCGCUGGUUGUGGCUAAGCUUGUGGAAAAUGAUGUGGCGGCUGUUGAUGUGAAUAUGGGCUGUCCCAAAGAAUACUCUACAAAGGGAGGAAUGGGUUCAGCUCUUCUCUCUGACCCUGAAAAAAUUGAAGCUAUUCUAAGCACUCUUGUGAAUGGAAUUUCAAAACCUGUUACAUGUAAAAUCAGAAUCCUUUCUACACUUGAGGACACGGUGAAUUUGGUGAAGAGAAUUGAAAAAACAGGAGUGGCAGCCAUAGCGGUGCACGGCAGGAUGAAAGAAGAGCGGCCGCGGCAUCCAGUCCACUGUGAUUAUAUCCAGGCUGUGGCUGAGAGUGUGUCCAUACCUGUCAUUGCCAACGGAGGCUCUUCAGACAUAGUGAAGACAUUCGAGGACAUUGAGAAGUUUCGAGCUGCUGCAGGAGCGUCGUCUGUCAUGCUGGCUCGGGCCGCCAUGUGGAACCCCUCCAUCUUCCGCCAGCAGGGGGCGCUGUCUGUGGAGGAGGUGAUGGAGGACUACAUCAGAUAUGUGAUUUCACUCCUUUGCAUGUCUGUGUUUUGCAUGUCUGUGCUUUGCAGUGAGGUGUUUGGAAUGACUGACUUCUACAACAAGACCAAAGCUGAACUGGAGGCCAGAAAAGCUGCUCUGCAGACCAACGGCGAUCAGACAGAGCAACCAACGCAUGAAGAUGAUCUCAUCACAAUGCCUGUCCGCUUCGAAAGGCGAGAUUACCCUCCUCAGAUCACACCAAAGAUGUACCUGCUGGAAUGGAGCCGCAAGGAAAAGCUUGAUCAACCUGUAUAUGAGACGGAACAGCGAACUCAAGAUCGAGCUUUUCAGUCUACAGUUAUCAUUGACAAUAAAAAGUACCGCUCUGCCCUGUGGGAGAAAUCAAAGAAGUUUGCAGAGCAGGCCGCGGCUAUAGUGUGUUUACGCACACUCGGGCUUCCAGAGGGUCGAAUCGGAGAGGAGCACAGCGGACUGGUAAAUAAACGCAAGAGGGACGACAAGAAAUGUGCAGCGCUAGAUGACAGUGAGUCAGCAGCACGAAAGAGACACACAAGUGAAGUCCCACAGGAAGAGGAAGAGGAAAUGAUAUGCAGGACGAAAGUUGUGAAUGGUGUCUGUGGUCAGACCACGCGUUAACAUUGGCCAAAAACUCAUCAUCUGAGCUCGCUGUAACUGACAUUUCAUUCCUUUUCAUCACAGUGCAGAGUGCAGUUUUAUCUGACAAAUGACAGUGCUCUUUGUAGUUGCCUUUAAGUUUGUUAAAUUCAGUGUUCCCUUUUCAGGUGCCAUCUCUGUCUUAUUGCACACUAGUACUGGUUUGUAAUUUGCUUUAUGCGAGGAGGAAUAAUGAGAUUUUUGUAUUCUUCUUCACCAGAAGGGUGCAUUGUAUAUCCAAAUACAUACAGUACAAGAAAGUACCAGAGGUACCAUAACAUGUCAUGAAACUUUAUUUUCUUUCUUUCUUUCCAGCAUUAUUGCAAAAUAAACCAGUUUAACUGUUUACUUAACUUGUGUUUCCCUCAUGUACAGUACAAGGAAAUCUUCAGUCACUCACAAAUGUCAAAACCUUGCAAGUUGCAUAACUAGACAGCAUUUGGGGAAUUAUGCACAAAUGAUGACCAAAAAUGCUGUAUAGCCUAUGUAGGCAGCCUUUUAUAAAAAAAAAAAAUAAAAAACAAUAAUGGUGUAAGUUACUGCCAAAACGGCGUCUAAUAAUAACGAAAAACGUAGACAAACCCUUGUCUAAAACCGGACAAACAGAAAAUGUGGUGGACUCUAACAAAGUAGGCGUUGUUUUGAUGAGACUUUUGGCAGACAUUUUGCUACUGUAAAAGUGACUGAUUCCAAAAGCAUCUUACACCGUUUUGAAUAAGAUACCAUAUUUGUGUUGUUUAUUUUGCAGUAUUAGCAUGAAUUGUAAUGACAAUUAUUU